CCACCUCGGAGUUGUACCUCCGCUGCACCCUAGCACCCAUUUUCUCCCUCAUUCGUAACACCUUACUCGUACCCAACCUUAGUCGCAACUAUCCCAGCCACCUCCACUUCGUGAGCCCUAACCCAACCUCACCUUCGAACCUCAAAUCACAUCUUAUGCAAAUCACCGUGAACCACCACCGAACAA